AUGCGAGCCAUUCUCAUCACAUUCGUCGUCAUCGGACUCGUUUACUCGAUUCCGAAUCCCGAUGGAAGUGUCAAUGCGAGUUAUGUCGCCGGCGGUGAAGUCUUCGACGAAUCGCUCACCAACCAAACCGCCCGUUUGAGCCGUCAGAUCGAUGCCGAAUCGCAAGAGAGCGCUGAACAUGGAUCGGGAAUCGAUUCGGAAUCCCUAGAGGACGUUGGUGUUGAGCCACGAUUCAAACGCGGCGGUGGAUUCGGUCAGAGUGGCUGCGGUGGCGGUGGCCAGCAGGGUGGCGGCGGUCGCCAAGGCCAGCAGCAGCAGGGUGGCGGCGGUGGCGGCGGCUAUGGUGGACGCCAACAACAACAACAGAAUGGCGGUGGAGGCUACUAA